UACCCGUCCGUACGUCCGUACAACAGAAUCCCAAGACGAGAAGCAACAACAAAGCCCUCGAAUCUCUCUCUCUCGAUUUGUAGAGGAGAUUGUUGACGGAGUAGAUGAAAACAACGGUCAGGAUUUGCUUGGAGGCUAAGCGAUACUCAGUCGCUUAAUCUCCACCGUUGAUUCCAUACGUGGCAGAAUCUUUCUUCAAAGUGGUUGACAAGGCGGGAAAUUUCGAGUUUCAGCGAUGACAAAAAAAGUUCGUCAUCUGUUCGAGAAAAUUCCCCAACCAGUUCUUGGCUUCUUAGAAUCUCCUUUGUCUUCUUCCUCUGCGUCUCUAUCGAAGACAAGGCAAGUUCAUGCUCAGAUUAUCAAGCUCGGAGCCCAAGAUGAUGGCUUUUUCGCCACCAAGAUCAUUGCUUCGUACUCGAACCACCAUUGCUUCGCUGAUGCAGAGCUCGUCCUCCGAACGAUCCCGGAGCCCACUAUUUACGCUUUCUCUUCUCUUAUCUACGCGUUCACCAGAUCUAAUCGAUUCUCGGAAUCUCUUCGCGUGUUUUCUCGGAUGAUAUCUCAUGGGCUGUCUCCGGAUAGUUAUGUUCUUCCGAAUUUGUUCAAGGCUUGUGCUGGGUUGUCAGGUUUGGAGUUUGGGAAACAGAUACAUUGUAUAGCUUGUGUGUCUGGAUUGGAUUUGGAUCCUUUUGUUCAGGGUUCUCUGUUUCAUAUGUACUUGAAAUGUGACAGGAUAGGAAACGCACGCGAGGUGUUCGAUAGAAUUUCGACGAAAGAUGUUGUGACUUGCAGUGCUCUGCUCUGUGCCUAUGCACGAAAGGGUCAUUUAGAAGAGGUGAUGGGUCUACUUUCCGUGAUGGAAGAAUUGGGUUUGGAGCCGAAUCUAGUGUCGUGGAACGGUAUACUUUCAGGGUUUAAUCAUAGCGGUUAUCACGGGGAAGCAGGCAAGAUGUUCCAAAAGAUGCAUUCUGAUGGGGUUUGGCCAGACGAGAUGACGGUUUCGAGCGUUCUUCCUGCUGUUGGAGACUUGGAGAAGUUGGAUUUGGGGAGGCAGAUUCAUGGGUAUGUGAUCAAGCAGGGGUUGAUGAAGGAUAAAUGUGUCACCAGCGCUAUGGUUGAUAUGUACGGGAAAUGCGGGUGUGGCUAUAAAAUUUUGAAACUUUUCGAUGAAUUUGAACUCAAGGAAACCGGUGUCUGCAAUGCUUGCAUCACAGGGCUCUCACGGAAUGGUCUUGUUGAUAAGGCCCUUGAAAUGUUUGAGUUAUUCAAGGAACAUAAGCUGGAGUUAAAUGUCGUGUCUUGGACGUCAAUAAUAGCUGGGUGUGCACAGAAUGGGAAGGACAUUGAAGCACUAGAGCUAUUCAGAGAGAUGCAGGUUGCAGGGGUAAAACCAAAUUCUGUAACAAUCCCUUCGAUGUUGCCAGCAUGUGGAAAUAGAGCGGCUUUGAUCCACGGGAGAACGGCUCAUGGGUUUGCUCUGCGUUCCGGGAUUACGCACGAUGUUCAUGUAGGUAGCGCAUUGAUUGACAUGUAUUCCAAAUGUGGAAGAAUCGACAUGGCUAGGAUGAUCUUUGAUACGAUGUCCAUGAAAAAUUUAGUUUGUUGGAAUUCGAUGAUGGGCGGAUAUGCAAUGCACGGGGAGAGCUACGAAGUCAUAAUUAUAUUCCAGUCUCUCAGAAAAACCGGACUGAGGCCUGAUUUCAUCAGCUUUACUAAUGUUUUAGCAGCAUGCAGCCAUGGUGGUUUGACAGAUGAAGGGUUGAAAUAUUUCAACAUGAUGUCAGACGAAUAUGGAAUCAAACCAAGAUUCGAACACUAUGCUUUCAUGGUGAACCUUUUUGGACGGGCCGGGAAAUUGCAAGAAGUAUAUGAAAUUAUAAAAGGACUGCCCUUUGAGACAGACGCGCGGGUAUGGGAAGCUGUAUUAAGUUCUUGCAGGGUUCACAACUAUGUGGACUUAAGCAAAAUCAUGGCAGAAAACCUCAUCAAGCUAGAAACUGAAGAAAACCCAUCUACGCUUCUAAAGGAAUGUGGACAUAAGUAGACAUGGUCAUGGACAUAAUGAUGAGGAGCCUGAGUCCGAAGAAGAAGCCGGGAUGAAGUUGAAUUCCAGUGAAGAACAAACUCCACAUUACCUCUUGCAGGUGGAUCAAACAACAGAUGAGCUGGUUAAGAUCACCACCAUGCCAUCAUCAUCAUGAUGGAGAUGAGAAGAUCGGAUCAUCACCCGAAUGUGGAUUCUGUGCUGCAAGAUGCGGAAGAGCAAGAGAAAAGAGCGUAUAUACAUUUGCAGUCACAGCAAGAAACUAGCCGUUGGUACACCUCUUCAGGUGGUAUUGCCACGUGGGCAUUGUUCUUGUGGGUAUCUUUGGCGAAGCUUUUGCCCGGGUUCUUUUGUAGCUGAUAAUAAUAUAUUUACUAUAUCUUGAUUUUAAUAUCAAUGUAUUUUAUUAUACCUAUAAAUUUGAAUCUU